AUGGCAGGCCCGGGCCUCAUGGUCCUGGCCCUGGUGCUGCCCGUGGGAGCCUGGAUGGGCCUGGGGCUUCCGGGUCAGCCCUGUGUGCCCUGCUGCCACCAGGCCGGGUCCCCGGCUGUGGCCAUGCCGGAUGCCCGGGCGAGCGCCGGAGACCCGUGGGCAGCCUCCCGCGUGCGCCCCACCAUCGACAUCCUCAAAGGAGAGAAGGGCCAGGAAGGCGUCCGCGGCCGCUCAGGACGGAGCGGGAAGGGGGGUCCUCCGGGACCCCGGGGGCAGCCGGGCCACAAAGGCCAGAAGGGGCAAGCGGGCCCGGGCCCCCCCUGCCGGCGCCCCCACGCGGCCUUCUCGGUGGGCCGGCGUGAGGGGCUGCAGAGCGCGGACGGCUUCCGGGCGGUGCCCUUUGACACGGCGCUGGUGAACAUGGACGCGGCCUUCGACCUGGCUGCGGGCCGCUUCCGCUGUGCCGUGCCUGGCGUCUACUUCCUGAGCCUGCACGUGCACACCUGGAGCUACACGGAGGCCUUGCACAUCACGCUGGACCCGCGGCCCGCGGCCGUGCUGUACGCGCAGCCCAGCCAGCGCAGCCUCAUGCAGGCCCAGAGCCUGCUGCUGCCGCUGGCCGCCGGCAGCGCCGUCUGGGUGUGCAUGCUCCACCGCGACCACGACAACGCCAUCUACGGUGAGCCUGGAGACCUGUCCAUCACCUUCAGCGGCCACCUGGUGGCCCCCGCCGCCCUGCUCUAG